CCAUUGCUGUGACGCAUGCGCAGUGCAUCGUCGUGACGACCUCAUACGGGCUCGUCAGCAGUCAUGUUAUGGAAGAAAAUGGACGCCUUCAACUUCUUUUUAACUCUUGUACACAUUUAAACUUUUAAGGGACGCUUAGUCGAAGAAGAAUUCAAUAGAAAGCGGCGUCGGAGUUAACCACGCCAGCAUCAGGGCUUUUUUUUAAUUUUUUUUUAAACUGUCUUGUCACGUGAUCACUCCUGUCCAAUCGCUGAGAGACAAGCCCGGCGGAAAAAGUACGGUCUUUGUUCGGACGUUUUUAGCGACCAUGUUUUUCAAAGUUAACGAUUUCAUCAAGAAAUGAUUCGUGGCCGACGCGAGUAGGACGUUUUUUUCCACGCAAAGGGCACGUCAUGGAUCUCUUUGUUGGGUGUAGUUUGAGUGCCACGUACUUGGCGCGGUCUCGUCACGUGACUUCCCCUCCCCCACCCGUCUUCGAGAAUGGGAGAAGAAGGCGGACAUGUUGGAGGCAAUGUGUUGGUUUAAAAACUAUCCAGGUGGAAGACAAGAAGAUAUUUUGACCACAGAUUUUGCAGGGUCUUUGGAUUUAACACUCGUCAUUUGUCUUUAUUUGAUCAUUAGGACUUUGGUGGUAUACUUUUUUUUACAUUUAUUUGGUUUUUUUUAUUCCUUAAUUUUUUGCAUCACGAAAUGUGAUUUUUCUACAACGUUGGCUGGACAUUUUUCUGACACUGUCUAGAUUUAGUUCGACUUUUCACAGCAUGUUUGAGUGACAUUGUCGAGAGUCUAACCUUGGAGUGGGGGAUGGGUGAAUGUGAUUGGCUGAACAUUUUCACUUUGAGUAUCUAUUGGAUUGUUUUUGCUGAGCUGACUGCCAUUUUAUGAAGAAUUGUCUCAUCAAACGUGAACGUAUUUUGUAACGGGCUCUUACAAACUUCAAAGAGGCGUUUAUAGGUCAUUUGAAGUCUUUGAAAAGUGAACGUAUUUUUGAACGGGCUUCUACAAACUUCAAAGAGGCGUUUAUAGGUCGUUUGAAGUCUUUGCGAGUGAAUGUAUUUUUUGACGGGCUUUUACAAAUUUCAAAGAGGCGUUUAUAGGUCGUUUAAAGUCUUUGAAGAAACUGCGCUGUCAUUCUGCCAUAAGGACUAAUUUCUCUGCCGUCUGGCAUCGCAAUGGUUAAAGACGAUAAACACGUCCCGAGUAUUUUUCCACCCAUUAUUACCUUUGUUUGCCACGCGGGACGGUUCGACUGUGCUGUUUCGUCUUAAACCUACGACGAAACACGACUUUUUGUGUCGUUUUAAUGCGUCUGUUACGAGCACGUCGCGUUUGGGCGUGUCAGGUGAUGGUUUAUUGUGAUACCUGCUCAAAAUUCGACGAUUUAGCUUGUUGUCGUCGUGUGUAAAGAUGGCGACAGGCGCUCGUCUGUGACACUAAAAUGCGGCUCUUCUGGUAGAUGGGGCGGGGCCAUAGUGCGCGUGACACUAAAGCUCAACCAAUGGGGGUGUAUAUUUAACCCCGAAAGCCCGCGUUGUUUGCCUAUUGGCCAACGGCCGCUUUGGUUUUGCAUACAUUCACGUAAUGUAAGCUGUUAGAAAUGCGCUCAACGUCCUUGUAGUCAUUUAGCGUGUCUUUAUAAAUGGAAAACCAAAUCAUAUUUUGAAGCCCAAAACUACUUAGUCACCAACUGUUGCCCCCCCCACUUAAACAGCAAAGCAACCGCUUUGAAUUUGUGGGCUUCAAAGACUUCACAGGCUGUUCGGGGGUCUUUUGGGUGUGGUGACUUGAAGGACAACGUCAGGAGCCAAUAGAAACGCGGAGGGCGUGGACGUGUCGAGCGCGCUCCGCCAAUGGGAGCCGUUGCCGGUCUAUAAAAGAGCGGGUGUAAGCAGGCGGGCGCCAUUUUCACGAAGCAGAAGAGACGGACGUCGCCGCAGGAGGGAGCCGGUUGUAAAAAAAAAACGGGAAGAGGAACGGAACCGGAUCCUGGCUUGACUUUAGUUUAACACAAUCCGGAUCCAUCCUGAUGGAUAUGGCCGUUAACCCGCUCAUUGACAGCUCCCAUGGUGGGGUUGAGGUUGGCAUAAUGGGGCUCACAGCAAUGGACCAGGGUUCUGGCACGGCUGCAAAACGAAUCCGGAAACCGUCCCUGCUUUACGAGGGCUUUGAGAGUCCGGGGAUUCCUCUGUACAACCAGACGACUCACUUUGGUACCCUGCAGCCUGUGGCGAAAGACGUGGGCCGUGCGGGGAAGAUGACCAACCAGCUCCAGUUCCUGCAGAAGGUCUUGCUGAAGUCUUUGUGGCGCCAUCACUUUGCCUGGCCCUUCCACCAGCCCGUAGACGCCGUCAAGCUCAAUCUGCCUGAUUAUCACAGGAUCAUCAAAACGCCCAUGGACAUGGGCACCAUUAAGAGGAGACUCGAGAAUAACUUCUACUCCAGUGCCAGUGAAUGCAUACAGGACUUUAACACCAUGUUUACAAACUGCUACAUUUACAACAAGCCAUCUGAUGACAUCGUGUUGAUGGCCCAGUUGCUGGAGAAGGCAUUUCUGCAGAAGGUGGCCCAGAUGCCCCCUGAGGAGUUCGAGCUGGCCCCCCCGCCUGCGCGCAGUAGGCAAAUUAAAGUCGGGAGGCGCGGCAAAGUCCCGGGAGGAGUGACCACCGCUCACCAGGUGCCAGCUGUCUCUCAGUCAGCGUACUCGCCGCCCACUCCAGAGACCCCUGAAUGCAUCAUCUCGAUCCCCCCGCAGACCAUCUUGACCAAGAGCCUGCAGCUCACAAUGCCGAGUGAGCACAGCAUCCCCUCCAUGACUGGCCUGCCCCCCACGCAGCCCACUACCAAGAAAAAAGGCGUCAAGAGGAAAGCAGACACGACUACACCCACCACAGUAGCCAUGCCCAUCAUGAGUGGCAUGGGGAUGGGGAUGGGCAUGGGUGUGGGGCUUGACUCUCCGCUCACUCUCAGUGCUUUAGGAGUGGAGCACAACUCUGAACUGGGCCUCAGUCAGGAUCUGGGCCUCAGUCCAGGCCUGGGCUUCAGCCAGGGCUUGGGCAUGAGUGCAGGCCACGGUGCAGUCACUAUGGGUGGCAAAGCACCUGGGGGCUGCAGGCGAGGAGUGAGCGGGCGGCCCAUCAAGCCCCCCAACAAGGAUUUGCCCGACUCCAUCUUGCCAACGCCGACUCGUCGCAGCAAACUGAGCCCCCAGCUGCGCUACUGCAGCGGGGUCCUGAAGGAGCUGCUGUCAAAGAAGCACGCUGCCUACGCCUGGCCUUUCUACAAGCCUGUGGAUGCAUCCUUGCUGGGUCUCCAUGACUACCACGAAAUUAUCAAGCAGCCGAUGGACCUCAGUACCAUCAAGAGGAAGAUGGACGGCAGAGAGUAUGUCAGCGCUCAACAGUUAGCCGCAGAUGUCAGGCUGAUGUUCUCCAACUGCUACAAGUACAACCCCCCUGAUCACGACGUGGUGGCCAUGGCUCGAAAGCUCCAGGAUGUGUUUGAGUUCUGCUUCGCCAAGAUGCCAGAUGAGCAGCCGGCACCUCCGAGCUCCUCGUCUUCAUCUUCAUCAUCAUCUUCCUCAUCGUCUGAGAGUGAGCUGACCAGCGAGGAAAGCGAGAGCGAGAGCAGCCCCAGUUCCGACUCUGAGGAGGAGCGGGCCAACCGCCUGGCCGAGCUGCAGGAACAGCUGAAAGCUGUCCAUGAGCAGCUUACUGCUCUCUCCCAAGGCCCCAUUGUUAAGCCCAAGAGAAAGAAAGACAAAAAAAAGAAGAAGAAGAGCGAGAAGCAUCGGAAGAUGGACGAGGAGUUGGUGCAGAUUAAAGCGGCCAAGCCACCCAAAGCCAAAGCUCCCAAAAGCAAGAGCAGCAAGGCAGGGGGACUUUCUCUCAUGCCAAUCAAAAAGGCUCAGAGCAAGAAAAAGAGCAAGUCCAAAAAGGGAAGCAUGAUGUUCAACAUACCUCAAGCUCUCUCGGAGCCCAUAAUCCCUCAUUUCGACUCCGACGAGGAGGAGGAGACUGCGCCCAUGUCGUACGACGAGAAGCGUCAGCUCAGCCUCGACAUCAACAAGCUGCCCGGCGAGAAGCUGGGCCGCGUCGUCUACAUCAUCCAGUCCCGCGAGCCCGCGCUCCGAGACACCAACCCCGAGGAGAUCGAGAUCGAUUUCGAGACGCUGAAGCCGUCGACGCUGCGGGAGCUGGAGCGAUACGUCAUGACGUGUCUUAGGAAGAAGCCCCGCAAGCCCUACGCAAUUAAAAACAGUGCGGGAAAGUCUCGUGAGGAGCUGGCACUGGAGAAACAACUGGAGCUGGAAAGAAGGCUGAUUGACGUCAGCGGGCAGCUAAACUCUGGGAAGAAGCCCAAAAAAGCCAAGUUGGAGAAACCUGCCACCGAGUCCAGCAUUCAGCCGUCACGCCUCAGCGCCAGCAGCUCCUCUUCAGACUCCUCCUCUUCCUCCUCCUCGUCCUCUUCCUCAGACACCAGCGAGUCCGACUCUGGCUGAGAAGCAGAAACCUUUUACUUAAAAAAAAAAACCGGGGGCCAUAUGUGACAGACCCCGCAUGUACCACUUCCUGCUAAGUGGACCGGAUCGACAGAGCGGGCCAGGACCUGUAGUCCGACUGUCAGACCAGGAAAGUUGGUGCCCUCCUGCUCUCGGCUCACUCGUCUGUCCACGAGAGGGACGGAGGGGAGCGGCUGCCUUGUUCCAGGUUCAGGGGGUUCUGAAGCGGGCUAAGUGAAGGAUGCGUCACGGGAGAGAAGUGCAGAGGAGUCUGUCUUCUGGACAUGAUUCCCCUUCCUCCUGUGCUCCCUCUCUCGACAGUGUGUAGAUGUUCUGUACAGUUAUAGAACUAUUUUCUUUUAUAAAGAAGCAUUUUACUUCCCUCUGUGGGAACCCGGCAGACAGAGAAAUGUGUGCGAGUGUGUGUGUGCGCGCGCAGCCUGGUAAGGUUUGGUUAGUUUUGACGCAGGCGUUGAAAAAAGGGGUGUGGUUCAGUAGCUCCACGCGUGUGCUAGUUUGGGGCUUGCUGCUCUAACGGUGUGAUGUUGUACAUUUAGUCUAAGUUAAAGUUUCUCCUGUUUGUUUUUCCUGAUUCUCUGCACACUUGUUUGCUCCUUGUGACCAAUUUGCUAAUAAAAAGCUGCCAGGAUGCCCAAAUGA